AUGUCUGGCACCGACGAAGACGGACUCGAUGGCGAGUACAUCUCAGACAACCAAUCCUCGGGUUCUUCGGACCAGGAAUCGCCGCCGCCGCCGCUCUCGCAGAACUACUUUGCGCCUCCAUUCUACGGCCGACCACCCACGCCUCUGCCUCCAUCUCCGUCUCUGACCUCGCUGCUACGGCCAUCGCGUCCAACGACUCCCGAUGCAUCGGACGACGACAUCGCACCCGUCCCGCGCACGGCGCCCAGGGUGCCGACGUACGAGUACUACGGCUUCGUGCUGUACCUGUUCAGCAGCCUCAUCUUCCUCAUGUACCUCCUCUGGAGCUACCUCCCGUCGCCGUUCCUGCACGCGCUGGGCAUAUACUACUACCCGGACCGCUGGUGGGCGCUGGCGGUCCCCGCGUUCCUGGUGAUGACGCUGGUCUACAUCUACGUGGCGCUGGCGGCGUACAACCUGGAGAUUUUGACGGUGCCGAUGACGAGCGUGGAGACGAUUGUGGACGGGGCGGGCAAGCUGGCGGUGAUUGAUUCCAAGGGGAGGCUCAAGGGGAGCAGCAAGCGGGAGAGGAAGGUCGAGAGCAACGGGAAGCUGAGGUGGAGGGAGAUUUGGAACGAGGGGACGGAUGCGGUGCUGGAUAUUCCGCUGGCGGGCGUCUGCGAGGUGUUGUAUGGGGAGGGGAGGGAGAUGUCUGAUGGUGACGAGGGGAGUUGA